UCCGACCCGGCCGGGCCGGGCCGAGCGCGGCCCCGCGCGGGGACGGUGUCCCGGGCGGGGGGGGCCGGCGGUGGGGGCUGCGGCGGGGGCCGGGGCACGGAGGAGCACGCUGUGGAGGGGCUGCGGGCUGAGGGUUCGGCGCGGCUGAGGAGGAGGGAUUAGGGGGAAAGGGGGAGGGACGGGGCGGCCGGGCUGUGCGGAUCCCCCCGGCGGCAGCCGGGCAGCGGGAGAGGAUCGCCGGCAGCAUUGGCGUGGCUGUCACCCCUGUCCCGGAGGGCUCCGUGUGGGCUGAUCUCUGCACGGCCGGCGCUGCCAUCCGCGGGGCCUGGAGAGGGACAGGAGCUCGUUCACGGCUGUGAGGCUGCAGGUCACCUCUGCCUAAAGGGAGAUUUAUGCCAGCGCAGGCUGGGCAUAUUCCCUUGUGGAUUCCAGUCAAGUGUCUACUUUCCUGAUUUCUAUUCUCCUCAUAGUCUACGGCAGUUUCAGGUCUCUGAACAUGGACUUCGAGAAUCAAGACAAAGAGAAGGACAACAGCAGCGCCGCUGGGUCCUUUAAUGGCAACAGCACCAAUAACAGUAAGGGUAUUCAAACCAUCGAUUCCACCCAGGCCUUGUUCCUGCCCAUCGGAGCCUCCGUGUCUCUCCUAGUUAUGUUCUUCUUCUUCGACUCAGUUCAAGUUGUCUUUACAAUAUGCACAGCAGUCCUUGCAACAAUAGCUUUUGCUUUCCUUCUGCUCCCGAUGUGCCAGUACUUAACACGGCCUUGCUCACCUCAAAACAAGAUUUCCUUUGGCUGCUGUGGGCGUUUCACUGCUGCUGAGUUGCUCUCGUUUUCUCUGUCUGUGAUGCUUGUCCUUAUCUGGGUCCUAACUGGCCACUGGCUCCUAAUGGAUGCUCUGGCAAUGGGCCUGUGUGUUGCAAUGAUAGCCUUUGUCCGGCUGCCGAGCCUGAAGGUUUCCUGCUUGCUGCUCUCUGGGUUAUUAAUUUAUGAUGUCUUUUGGGUCUUUUUUUCUGCCUACAUCUUUAACAGCAAUGUUAUGGUGAAAGUGGCCACACAACCAGCUGAUAACCCCCUGGAUGUGUUAUCCCGGAAACUUCACCUGGGACCAAAUGUGGGCAGAGAUGUUCCCCGUCUGUCGCUGCCUGGCAAACUUGUGUUCCCAAGUUCCACAGGCAGCCACUUCUCCAUGCUGGGGAUUGGAGAUAUUGUGAUGCCAGGGCUUCUGCUCUGCUUCGUCCUGCGUUACGAUAACUACAAGAAACAAGCCAACAGUGAUUCCUGCGGUGCCCCAGGACCAGGGAACAUCUCUGGGCGUAUGCAGAAGGUCUCUUACUUUCACUGCACACUUAUUGGCUAUUUUGUAGGUUUAUUAACUGCAACAGUAGCUUCUCGUAUUCACCGGGCAGCCCAGCCUGCCCUGCUCUAUUUGGUACCAUUCACUUUAUUGCCACUCCUCACCAUGGCCUAUUUAAAGGGCGAUCUACGUCGCAUGUGGUCUGAGCCUUUCCACUCCAAGUCCAGCAGCUCCCGUUUCCUGGAAGUAUGAUGGAACGGACAGGAAGUGACCUGAACUUCUGCCUUGGUCCUUUUCACUUUACCUUGUGGCUUUGUUGUCUCCUAAAGCUGGACUGGCUGGUACUUGGGAAGGUACCAGCGAUGGGACACGUAUGAAAGGACUUUGUAUUAAAGGAGGGAAAGAAAAAGCUGAAAUCCCAGAGCUCCAUGUGACUCCGUAUCUCCCUGCAGAUGUGGAAUUGGGGACCCUUUGUGCAACUGCAGCCACUUUCCUCUUUUCCUCACUCGGACGGAUUAGUACCAGACUAUUGCCUUUGUGAGAGAGGAAGAGACAGACUUGAAACUAAAAACGGCUUGAAGUCGUUCAAAAACUUGAACACUAAACGCAAAAACAGUUAAACAAACUGAGGCUUCUUCAGAGAACCCCUCGUGGACAUUGGGACCAGUUUCCUGCAGGACUUCGGUUUUGAAAAGAACUGAGACAGAAGGUCUUCUGUCACAAUAUUGGGUUUUUUGAUUUAUUAAAUAUUUCCUGUGGUGUGAGGUUACUUAUUAAAUCCACAGACAUUGAGUGACUUCUUGCAGUAUACAUAUAAAAUUUGUUGUAACAAGUUACAUUUCCACCCAGAUGUCAUAUUGCAGUGAAAAAGGGCACGAUUUUUAUACAUAUAUAUAUACACACAUAUAGAUAUAUAUAUGAAUAAAUAAAAAGGAAAACCUGCUAAGAUCAUGCUGUGUAGCAGACAGGGGCUUGCUGUAAUUUUUAGCAUGUAGCGCAGUUACUCUGGCUUUAUGUAUAUGGAUCUACAAUGAGCUGCUGUUUUUCCCCCCUCCUACAACUGAACCUGCAGUUUAAAACCAAGUGUAGUAUUUGUACUGGUUGUCCCAUGGACUUUAGGGGAUACUUGAUUUGAUCAAUGUAGCAAACUAGGGAAGAAAAAAGUUCAAACCCAGCCCUGUGUGUCUGAGGGGGGAGGAGGUGGGGGUGUCUUUUUUUUUUUUUUCCUCCUUUGAUUUUUUUUUUUACAAACAGCUCCCUUGCAGGUUUUUAGUGGUUCCUUCUUAACCAGUGCAUGUAUUAUAGCAGCAAUUGUCUUUGUGCUUUCUGAUCAUAGUAAUGUAUCACUUGUAAAUACAUUUUUUCUAUUUUCUA